CAAUAUAGGAUUAGUAAUAAAGAUUCUUUAAAUGUUGUCAAAAAAUCAGAAUUGAAAUUUUCUACAGAUAAAAGUAAAAGAAUCAUUAGAUCAGAGUCAUUGACAUCAUCAAGACAAAAUGAUAUCGAAGUUAACAAGAUGAAUAUGCCAUUAUCAGAG